UCAAAGUGAACUUUGAAGAUGGUGAAGAGGUUUCAGUGAAAGCGCGGGAAACAACCUGAACCUCAGUUGGAGUCAUUUGUAUUUCGUAAGCCGUCCUGGUGUCAUUAUGCACCCAGUUAUGCACAGAGUUGUUACUUUCCACAAACUGGCGAACACUUUGGGGUUGUUGCCAAAAAGAUGUCAAACCUUUGUACAUUCGUCUGGUGGUUGCUCGAAAAUCUUACUGCUGAUAUAGAUAUCCCAUUUUCAGGCUUCAAGGAUAAGGUUCGGAUUACAACAUGCUAUGUAUUGCAAUCGGGUCCACAAGUUUCGCUACAAUGCCGAAGAAAAGUGUUCAAAUUGGCAGUCUUCACUUCUAAGCGAUAUGGACCGUUAUUUCCUUGCUUACACCCCUUGGAAUGGAGGAUGGGACAUGGUCAAUCCGCAAUCUUGUGUUAUGUUUGCGAUUGCGAUCCCUACACAACGACCGACUUGAUGAUGGAGGAACUUCGUAAAAUGACUUCACUAGCCUGCCUCAAUCAGUAAACACUUCCCCCUACAACACCCCAUCCCAAGAGCUGUGAAUGCUGACCAACUGACGGUUCUGAGGUACCUAAGUGUUUGUUCUCCGA